UUGCGUUUGGGUGACCGCUAACAUAUCAGAAAAAACGGAAGCGAUCGCAUGUUCGCCAGGCUCAGCACAUGUGAAGGAACAUGGAGGAGAUAAAGACCGAGCCCGUGGAUUUUGUAAAGGAAUUUCAAGAAUACCUGACCCAGCAAACCCAGCAUGUCAACAUGAUUUCAGGCUCCGUUUGUGGUGAAAAAGAGACAGCGGAGUCCUUUCAAGCCGUUGCCCCAAGGUGCGAGCAAAAUGGUCUGGACCCCCCGUCUGUGGAGGUGAGACUGUCUGUGGAGGAUGGGUCAGAUGUGCAGAUGGAUGGCCUGGAGAGGACCUGCGAUGGAAAGUAUAAGUGCAGUUACUGCAGUUAUGCAAACAAGGGCAUGGCUCGCUUAAUAGAGCACAUCCGCAUCCACACAGGAGAAAAGCCUCACCGCUGCCAGCUGUGCCCAUUUGCAUCUGCGUACGAGCGUCACUUGGAAGCCCACAUGCGCUCACACACAGGAGAGAAACCGUACAAGUGUGACCUCUGCGCCUUUCGAUGCAGUGACCGCAGCAACCUGUCGCAUCAUCGGCGACGCCGCCACAAGCUUUUGCCCACCAGGGUGGCACGCUCUCCUUUCUCCAACAAGAGAAUGCUGAGCGCUUUGCAGAAGAGGACGGCCUCGCUGGGGUUUGGACGGCGCCUCCUCAUCAAUCUCAACCCGCCCUCCGUGGUGAUGCCAAAAUCGGAUUUUCUGAAUGACUUGUCUCACAAAAUCCACCAUUUAAACAGCAGCGAGUAUAAGAACGCUCCCAGGGUGGAUGAGAAGGAAAGUCGCAACAGGAGUGCUAAUGGUUUGACUUUUAAAAACCCACUCGACCACAUGUCUACACUAGCCGGUCAGUUGGCUGAGCUCCACCCUGAGUCUCAGACUCCCGUGUCCCCAGACAGGGAGUCAAUAAAAGAUGAGAAGCCCAUCCUAAUACAUAAUGUCUCCAGUGAACAGGUUGCAAUGUGCUCAAAUGGAGUGCAGAUAUCAUCACCUAAAAAAGAAUCUCCCACCUCACGCCACGAGAACUGUAGUCCUGCUCUGAGCCUUGGCUUUGAGAACAACAUGAACGCUCUGACUGGGUGUGUUAGCAACAGCCAGUCGGGCACACCCACCCCUGCCCUCACUAUACCGGACCAGCAGGUCAUGUAUAAAUGCCAACAUUGUGAUAUUCACUUUUCUGACAAUAUCCUCUACACUAUUCACAUGGGCUGCCACGGCUAUGAACAUCCAUUCCAGUGCAACAGCUGUGGGCAUAAAUGCGCAGACAAAUACGAUUUUGCCUGCCAUUUUGCCCGUGGCCAACAUAAAAAGUGAUUUCUGGCAGCACAGAUGCAUAUGGAGCUUUGUUUUUGUUAUAUUGGUUAUAUUUAGCAACUGAACAUAGUGAGACUGUUUUACAUUUCAUGUUUUAAGUUGUUUUUUUUAUUUUACACUUCUAUAUCUGCACUAUACUAUUGCCUUACUGCUUUUCUACCUUAAUCCCAACUUUGGGCUUCUCAUAUUAGUUGUGAGUGCACAAAACCACACAUGACACAUUGCAACACGGCAUAGUUUGUUGUUAGUUAAUGCCUUAUGACAUCUGUACUCCUUUGCUCAUGCAGCUUAUUGGAUUUGGCAUUAUGGGAUGGGAUUUGCAGUGUUUCAUCGCUUUGGAGUGAGUCAUUAGGAUUUCAUUCAGCCUGUUGAGUAAAUCACAUUUAUAAAGGCAGCUAUAUACACUGAUCAGCCAGAACAUUGAAACCACUGACAGGCAAAAUGAAUAGCAGUGAUUAUAUCGUUACAGUGCAGUGAAAUUGGCUUUUGUGGCCCGUCUACUACCUGGAAGGUUGGUUGGUUGGUUGAUCCUCGGGUGAGCUAUUGAACCCCCAAAGUAUCAAUUGGAGUGUACGUGAGAAUGUUAGAAAGUGCCGUGUGAAUGUGUGUGUAUGUGAUUGGGUGAAUGAGGUCUUGCAGCUAUACAAGUACCAGUUCAUUUGCCAGUGUUCAGAUCAAGCCCCACAGUGCAUCACCCUGCUGCCAACAGGUGCAGUGUCCACACCAUGAAUGCUUAGAUCUCUGUUUUCCAGCAGGAAGGUGGGGCCCAGUUCAAUAUUAUGAGGGUGGUUUUAAUGUUGUGGCUGUUGGGUGUGGCGUAUAAAUUAUUUUUUUUUAAAUACAACACCAAAACAGUAUUAAGCACCAAACAUUUCAAGCUCAACCAGCUUUGUAUUCACAGUGGAGCCAUCGAGCUGCCAUUCUCACCACCAUUUAUAAAUUGCUUGUUUGCCUAAUAAUUAUGCACAAGUCUCAAUCAUGGUUAAAUUAGCCGGACACAUUCCUCAGUGGGAGUUGUGGUUCUCAUAUUUAUUUAUAUCUAACCUCAGAGACUACAAUUAGUAGUUUUUUUCCUUUUUACAGUUGUGUUACAUCCCUUUUUAAAAAUUAAUAUUUAUAUACUAUCUCAAGUAACUUUGUUUUUCUGUACAUACAACUUUAAAAUCAACCAUAGCCACUUACUGUCUGUAUAUUAGCCAAUGCUGAGCCAUAUUAAAGAUCCCAUAUAACCCUCA